CUGACGUACUCUCAUCGAUCGCAGUGUACGUGUAAGCUUGCAUACAUGCGACAACUUCGCAAAUGCUUCCACGUCGUUACCGCGGCAAUUCUUGAUCACGGAAAGAGUCCAGACAACGGAUCUUAAACCGCUGCAGCUUGUAAAAACUAAAUGAAGUCCUCCACUACAUUAGCUGCCAGUUCCGUAUGUCAAAUCGAACUUUCGGUCGCAUGAAUUUGUGUUGACUUUCUUUACAAUAGCUUUGAUCAUAAGUUCUCUUUUAAUGAGUGCAAUAACUCGUUUUUUAAUUAAAAGUGCCUCUGUUUUUGGCUUAAUUGAAAGGAGUUUUGAGAAAGUUUGGCGCGUAAGUAACCAUUGGCUUUCGAUCACUUUAGAGAGAAUAAACGACUUGAUCACGGCAUUAAAACCAUUCUGUAAGAUUACUUAAAGUUAUUAUAUAAAAGCAACCUCGUUCCCAGGGUUCUCUCCUACCCGCCCUACGGAGCGGGUAGGAGAGAACCCUGGGAACGAGGUUGAUCUAAAAGCAAUAGACUACACUUUCUGAUGGUUUCCCGGCGUGAUAUCCCACGUGGGAUGCUGGGAAACAAUAGAAAAGCUUGUAAGUCACUCGCCGUCGGCUCCUGAUUUACAAGCUUUUCUCGCGUUCUCCCAACAUCCCGCGUAGGUUGUCACGCCGCUAAACCCAUAGAAAGUGUGGUCUAUUACCACAAAGUAAUGAGUAAACCGAUGACAUUUUUUUUCACAAAAUGAUACGUGGAGAAAAAGUUAAGGGGCAGUAAUACAUGUCCCUCUGAAAACGCUUCGUUAAUUAGGGCACCAGUCCCAGUCCCCAUUUGUGUUGUUGAAGUUCGAAAAUGUAACAUUCAUGGCGGCGAAAAAAAGGGAUAAAUAUAGAAUAAUGUUUGUGCUCCGAGACAUUCUUAAAAAUAAUGACCGAGGUUGUUAUUUAUUCUGAGAGGGCCGAGGCGCGAGGGUGUUACCAAAUUUAAUGCACCGUUACAAGGGAAAUGUUAACUAAAAAAUGAAAACGAUAACUUUUCUAAAAACAUUAUCGUUAUUAUGCAAAACGAUUACAGUAUACAAGUAUUGUUUAAUGUUUUCACCAAUUCAUUCGGAUAAAAUCCAUUUUGAAAAAACAUUGAGAGCCCUUUUAAAUAGCUUGGGUUAAAAAUGUUCUAUAUAAUGCGUAAAAAAAUCAAACUUUAUCUUUUCAUUCACAUUGAUUUUGCGAUUUCUGCCCUGCUAAAAUCAAAAUUCAUGCGGGUGGAAAAUCCCCAACCCCUAUUAACUUUUGUUACUAUAUGGUUCGACCCUUAUUCAUGAAAAAUAAGAGCCUUCCUUGUUAAGUGUUUGUCAAAUUUGUGUUUAUGACAAGAGCAAACUAUUGUUGUGAAGUAUUUUGAAAGUUAUUUUUAAGAUGAUCUAUCUCAUCCACUAAGUUUAGUCUUUGGGAUUAUUAUCAGCAGCUGGCCAAAUGGUGUUAUAUAAAUUUAAUAAAUAAAAAUACGUAACUAUGUAAAUUUAUAAAACAAGGUAAAAAUAUUUAUCAGUGGCUGGCAUAAUGAAAACAAAGAGCAUUGUAUAAUUUUUUAAUAAAAAUACAUAACUUUAAAUUAAAAUAAAUCGUUCUAAAUCUAUAAAGUUAAAUCGAUUUAAGACAUAUAUAGUCGCUGAAUCUAUUUAAGCUUAAAUCGGUUUAAGAGUUAGUCGUUAAAUCUAUUUAAGGUUAAAUCGAUAUAAGCUUGAAUCGUUUUAAGACUUAGUCGUUAAAUCUAUUUAAGCUUAAAUCUAUUUAAGCGUAAAUCGAUAUAAGCUUAAAUCGAUUUAAGAAAUAAACGACUAAGUCUUAAAACGAUUUAAGCUUAAAUCGAUAUAAGCCGCAAUUCUUCCAACCGAUGGGUUUAAACGCCAAAUUUCUGCGCAAAAAAAGGCGCGUCGCCUUGUGCUGGUAAACAUUCUUGUACCAGCUCAAAGAAGAACGUUUUAAAAGCUUUUUUUGAUCGCACGUUCUAUUAAAAACAAGCCUGUAAACUGUCAACUAUGUAUUAAAGGAAAGCAAAAACGUUAUUUUGUGUGGAGGUUUUAAAACCAUACUCUGAUUUACUGAGCCAUUUUGUGUUGAUGUAGGUGACAGUAUCCCUUGUGCUGCUGAUGCCAUUGGUAUCUGGUUCAGUUGCUUGGCCAUCAGCUGCUGGAGACGGCGCAGAUUUUGCCAGGGCCAAGGAAUACAUUAACAGACGCAAACCGAAUUUAGACUACACCAAAAUCUGCGAAGGGAGGCCAAAGGAGGGGCAGAUGAAAAAGGUUUGUCAUCUGAAAGACGUGCCAAGCGUGGCCUUCUUGUUCUGCAAAUACCAUCUGCAAUGUGAAUUUUACAUUAAAAAGGAGGUUGAUAACAUCCAGAAGCUUAUUGCUGGGGGCGUUAGAACGGUGGAGAUUGAUAACCAAUUGAUCCAGGACGUCAAGUGUGGAAGUGAGAUCGCCCUUACCUGUACUGGAUUCUUGGAGGGAUGGGUUGGCGGAGGUUGGUUGCAGCGUCUGGACACUUUAUUCUUGGGCGGUAAGGUUCCUGUCGAAAACUUGAUCAAAACCAUCCGGAAAAGGAUCCCAACUUCCCAAGGUCUGAAGGCGACGGCCAAGGAUCUGAUAAAGAUUAAAGCUUUCAUGUUUGCAGGGAAAUCUAUUAACUUGAUUUGCGAUCUACAGGGCUUUUUCUUGACAGCUGGAGGUUUCUUGGUCAGCGAUCCUGAGGACAUUAAGACGCUAAAGGACCUGGAAGAGAGCUGUCCCGCCUAUGACCCUACAACUAAAUUGCCGACCGCGAAACAAGUCCGCUAUGGAUUGAAACUAUUAAUUGAAGAUUUGUCGAAGGGAUGAGAGAAAAAAAUUCGGAUGAUGAUCUUAAUUUUAAUCUGAAUUUAACUCCAAUUUACCUGGCCUAUUCUCUUGGAGCCUUUCUUUAAUUUGUGCAAGA